CGGAGAUAUUCCUAUGUAGAGGGCCGGUCAUGUGACUCGCUGGAGUUCAGGAGUCCUCUCCCGGUGUCCCGGCAGUCAUGGCUUGCAAGGUGUGCUGUACGGAGGUGUACAGCUGUAUAUUUGACUACAACACCCCGCGUAUAGCGCUUAUUAAAAGCCGCAAGGUUGGGCUGCUGAACAGAGUCAUCCAGCUCGUCAUCCUCGCCUAUGUUAUUGGGUGAGUGUUUGUCUGGGAGAAAGGCUACCAGGAGUUUGACACUGUAGUCAGCUCUGUAACAUCGAAAGUGAAGGGUGUUGCAGUGACAAAUACAUCUGAUCUUGGGUUCAGGAUCUGGGACGUUGCCGAUUACAUUAUACCUGCUCAGGAAGAAAAUGCCUUCUUUGUGAUGACAAAUCUUAUUCUGACACCAAAUCAAACACAACGCCAGUGUGCAGAGUUACCAGACACUUCCACAAUAUGCAGUUCCAGUCGUAACUGUACCAGAGGUUUUGUGGGAACACACAGCAAUGGAGUACAGACUGGACGCUGUGUGCCGUAUAAUGAAUCUGUAAAGACAUGUGAAGUAAAUGCAUGGUGUCCAGUGGAAAAUGACACCACUGUUCCCAAGCCUGCUUUUCUAAGGGAUGCUGAGAACUUCACUGUGCUGAUAAAGAAUAACAUCUGGUACCCCAAAUUCAAUUUCUCUAAGAGAAACAUUUUGCCAAAUAUCAGUAACGAGUAUCUCAAAACCUGCAUGUAUGAUCGGGUGAAUCAUCCAUUCUGUCCUAUAUUCCGUCUGGGAAGCUUGGUGGAGGAGUCUGGGGAAUCUUUCCAGGAGAUGGCCUUAUUGGGUGGAGUCAUGGGAAUUCAGAUUAGUUGGAACUGUGACCUGGACAAAAAACAUAAAUACUGCGUUCCAAAGUACACAUUUCGACGUUUGGACAAUAGAGAAUUGGAUCACAAUGUUUCUCCCGGAUAUAAUUUCAGGUUUGCCAAAUAUUACAAGGAUUCCAACAAUGUGGAAUCAAGAACCCUCAUGAAAAUUUAUGGAAUCCGUUUUGAUAUCCUUGUUUUCGGAACCGCAGGGAAGUUCGACAUAAUUCCCACUAUGAUUAACAUUGGAUCUGGUGUUGCAUUACUUGGCGUGGCUACGGUGCUGUGUGACAUCAUUAUAUUUCAUUUCUUUAAGAAAAGACAUUAUUACAGAGAAAAGAAAUAUAAGCAUGUGGAAGAUUACGAGGAAUUGGGGGAUAAUGGAACAUAUGGAUCAAACCCUUAACCAAAGAUGCAAUAAACUAUAUUUAGUUGGUCAUUCUAAAACACAACAACAUGGAGAUGUUCCUUAUUAAUAUUGACUGAAUGUUGAAUCACUGGCUGCGGAAAUGUUUAACAAGGUUUUCCAUAUCUUCUGUCAUCUUGGUUUUCUAUGGUGCAGGUAGGGUGCAAGGGCCAAUCAUUAUUUUGUCCAGUCAUGUCUUUAUGGUUGCCUUAUUGUUAUAGGACCUAAAGUUCAUUGCACAUAUAUUUUUAUGUAGAUCUGAAGGAUCAAGUCUUUUUGAAUGUACCAAUAGUUUCCGUAAAAUGUUUUUUGCUCAAUAUAAAUGAGUUUCAGAUCCAAAUCACAUUAUUUGGGGCAUUUUCUGCUGCUGUUUACAUACCAUUCAUUUUGUUUUCUUUUUGAUAACUUAAAAAUUACACUUAUAUUAAAGGAACACUAUUCAUUGAAAGUAAAUGUAUAAUUAUGUUUAAGGAACCACUAUAAAUAUGAAUUGUAUAUUUUUGUAAAUUGUUAAAAUUGUUUACUGUUCCCAAACUUCCUGGUUAUUUCUGCAAUCUCGGAUAACUGCUCUUAUUGAUGCAUUUAUGCAGAAUAGAAUUCUACAAACAUUUCUUAAAACAGUGUGUGUGUGUCCAAUGAUUGCAUAUAUUACAGUGAGCUUUUAAAUUAGUUGCCAUUGUGAAACAUUUUGUAGUAAAGAGAAUCUGUCUCCUUGAAAACCCCCACCAAAUUACCAACAAUGUAUUGCAGUUCUUGCAUAAAGGAUGCAAGCUAUCCUUUUAUUUAUGCUUAGCAUGGCUUAAAUCCACUGUACAGUUAGGCUUAUUGUGGUCCUGGAGUGUAAGGGUCCACUCUGCCCUUGGUCUGAAGCCUGACCUGACCAGUUUGAGAGACAUGGUGGACUAUGAUUGCAGCGUACGUGCAAUAGCUUCACCUGGUCUAGCUCUUGCCUCUCUUGCCUACCAUGCGCGUGCAGCAGUCCAAAGGAUAGGGCAUAAGAUGUAUGAUCGCCGGGGGGCCCAGCACAAUUUUGCUGCAGCACCCGCAUUGUAUGCUGAGCUGCAUCUCCAGUUUCGGAAACCUCCGAUUUCUGGGACUGGAGACUUGAUGUAACACCACACCCCCCUCCAUUCAUGUCUAUGGGAGGGGGCAUAAUGGCAUGGACAAACAUGAAUGGAGGGGGCGUGGUGUCACAUCAAGUCUCCAGUCCCGGAAACCUGAGAUGCAGUUCCGGAACUGGAGACGCAGCUCCGCGUACAAUGCGGGUACUGCAGCGAGAUUGUGGCGGACCCCCAGCGAUCAGACAUCUUAUCCCCUAUCCUUUGGAUAGGGGAUAAAAUGUUAGAUCCUGGAAUACCCCUUUAAACAGGGCAGUUUUGGCUUCAGAGCGGAGAGGCGAUGUGGCCUGUAAUACAGUGUUGGCCCUUUGGGGGGGGGGGGGGUAUUCAAGGUGACAGAUGUUUCGAGCCUUAGAUAUUUAUCACAUAUUUUGUCUGUUUCUGUCACAUGUUUGGUAGGAGGACCUAUGUGCAUGCUUCAUUCCCUCUUGGAGUGGUAUGACAGCAGACAAAGCUACCCUAUUCACAGGGUCCCUGCAGCCAAACACUUACCAAUCUAACAUGUAUUAUUAUUAUAUAAUAGAUACAUUAUACAUGAAUUGCACUUCAGGAUUACUCUGUUCCUUUUUUCUUUCCUUUUUUCUGAUUUAUGUUUUCUGAUUUCAUUUUUUUUUAAUGAAAAAUGUAUAGUUAUGGUCACCAUUUCAGAGUUUAUAUUCAGAUAUAUUCUACAUAACAAAGUGAAUACCUUCAUAAAUCAGUCACAUUGCUUAU